CCGGGGGCUACUCAUUCAGGACUUAGAAUAUUUUCUAAGCAUAAAUUGAUGUUGAAUCCUGUUGUUGUGAAGAAAGCCAAUGAGGAGUGUGUGCCCUCGGCAUACACUUUAAAAGUUGUAGAAUUUGACCCUUGUCAUGGGGUAAGGGCCCUCGGUACUAGUGCGUAACAGAUGCCUUCGGUAUUUGUUUGAAGGUACCGUUUUAGUGUACUUUGGAUAGUCCAGUCCCUUUGUAUUGUUGAAGCCUUCGGUGUUUGUGUGACCGGAGGUGACAAGGCAGUGGACUUAGCCGUUUCUUGAUGCUAUUUGUUCGAGUAGUAUCCUUCGGGAAAUAGGAGACUUCAGUUACCGGAGGUGUUCCUGUGGGGAGCCCUCGGCAUGUUGUGAUCUGUUGGAGUGUACUCUUUGAUUUCUCGCUGAGUCUACUCCCCUUCACCCCCCCCCCCCCCUUUUUUUUUUGGUUGGUGGUGACGGGAAGGCAUCAAGAAACUUGGUUUUUUGGUAAGGCUGGGCCUAUUAGGAGACCAUUAGAAUACACCAAUGGCUCUCCUCCCUCGGGUUAACCUUCCGAGUUCCGAGGGGAUCGAGGGUCGUUUCCUGGGCACAAGAUAUGGUGGUCCGUAACCUGCCUCCCCUUGGGGGAUGGCGCGGAAAGCGCCUCAUUUUUGAAAGUCGUCCCCUCGGCGCUAGACAUGGUCCGUGGCCUGCCACACCCUUGGGGUGGUGGCGCGGGGAGCGUUUCGGUUUGGAAGUCGAAUCCUGGGCAUUUCUCGUGCCUGUCAUACCCUUGGGGUGAUGACGCGGAUAACGUUCCGUUUUUGAAAGUUGAAUCCUGGGCAUUUCUCAUGCCUGUCAUACCCUGGGGGUAGUGACGCGGAAAGCGUUUCAAGGAAGGGUUUUCAUUUGCACACUAGUUGCAAAUGGCCGGGGGCACUACGUGCCGCCGGCACCGAUGGUGGCGCCUUCGGUAUAUGCGUCCUCGUGGGGUACGGCUUUUAGAAACAACACUUGGUGUUAGUUUCGAUGUGUAGCCCCCGGUACUUGGUACCGAGGGGUCUUCUGUAGGAACACUUGGUGUUCUCUUUUGUUGUAGUUGAUGGAGAUGUCUUCCCUCGGUACUUGGUACCGAAGGGUCUUCUGUAGGAACACUCGGUGUUCUUAUCUUCGAAGUUGAGGGCGGGGAUGUACCCUCGGCACUGGGUGCCGAAGGGAAAUGAAACACAUGGCGUUCCUUGUUGUUGGUGAUAGGAGUUCCCUCCCUCGGUACUUGGUACCGAGGGGUCUUGACUGAAAACACAUGGUGUUUUCACUGUUGUCGUAGGUGUUGAUGGUGUCCACCCUCGGCACUCGGUGCCGGAGGGGGUUCUUCUCGUGGUGAGGCCUGGGGCCUGUAGUCAGUAUGAGGGCUUGAUGUCUUGAAUGUAUCUUCAUUCUUCAAAAGUGGAGGCCUUGGGCCAUAGGAUAGUACAUUCAUUAGUUAUGAGGGUUUGGCCGCUCUUUCAUUAUUGGUAAAAUUUAACUAAAUGGUGUACAUUCCAGUGCCUAGGGACUUCUUUCCCGUCGGGGCGUUUGAGCUUGUAAGUCCCGAGUUUGAUGAUGGCUGCUAUGAUGUAGGGGCCUUCGAAUUUUGGUGCCAUUUUUCCUCCCUCGGUUGGUUGGCUGGCUUCCCUCCUCCGGAGGACAUAGUCCCCCACUUGGAAUUCCCUGGUGCGAACUUUGGCGUUGAUGUAGCUUUUGACUUGCCUUCGGUAGUUUUCUGCCCGGAUGAAGGCCUGCUCCCGACGUUCUGAAAUGAGGUGGAGGUCGAGGGCCAUGUUGCUGUCGUUGACCUCGGGGUCAUAUUGGAUCACCCUCCGGGUGGGAAGAGUGACUUCCGUAGGAGCUUUGGCUUCAAAACCGUAGCAUAGGGAGAAAGGUGUUUCACCUGUUGCUCGCCGAGGGGUGGUGCGGUAGGCCCAAAGGAUGUUGUGGAGUUCUUCCACCCAGCCACCGCCCUCGGCCUCCAGCUUCUUUUUGAGGCCCUCGAGCAAGGUCCCGUUGGCAUUCUCUACUUGCCCGUUGCCUUGAGGGUAUGCAACGGAGGAGAAGGUGUGCUUGAUGCCCCAUGCCUCCAGAAGGGCACAGAAGGGGGCUGCCUCAAAUUGUGUCCCAUCGUCGGAGAUGAUCUGCUGAGGGACGCCAAACCUUGUGAGGAUGUUCUUGAGGACAAAAUGACGGCACUUCGCCUCUGUGAUACUAGCGAGGGGCUCAGCCUCCACCCAUUUGGUAAAGUAGUCGAUGGCCACAAUGAUGUACCUGUUGUUGGAGGUACCCCUCGGCAGAGGGCCCACAAGGUCUAUCCCCCAUCGAGAAAAAGGGACAGAUGUGCUGAUGGGGGCAUAGUUGACCGCUGGCCUGCCGGGGGCUUUCUGGAAAUGUUGACAUGCGGUGCACCUCCGGGCAAGGUCAGCACAAUCUCUGGCCAUGGUUGGCCAGAAGUAGCCCUGGAGAAUGAGCCUUCGGGACAUGGAGAAGGGUCCCUGGUGAGCUGAGCAAGUGCCGCUGUGCACUUCCUCCAUUGCGACCUCGGCCUCAUCUUGAUGAAGGCAUCGAAGUAGCGUGCCAUUGUAAGAUCGUUUGUAGAGCCUUCCAUCUUCGAUGGUGUAGCUAGGAGCCCUCAGCUUUGCCAGUUUAGCGCGGGUCUCAUUCUCGGGUAGCUGCCCUGUGGAGAUGAAGGUGGUGAUAUCUGAGACCCAAUCCUCUUGGCGUUGUUGUAUGUUCAUAACGGGGCUCGCAUGGAUACUUGAGAGGCUGAGUUCCUCAAUUUUGGCAAUUUUGGAGAUGUGCUCGGGGGAGUCGGCCGAGAGCUUAGAUAAUAUGUCGGCAUCGGAGUUCUGAGCCCUCGGUAUUUGAGUGAGAGAGUGUGCCUCAAAUACCUUAAGCAACUCCUUGGCCGCUUCCUUGUAUUGUUUCAUUCUUCCCUCCUUGGCCUCAUAUUCUUCGGAGAUUUGGCCGACGACCAACUUGGAGUCGCAUUUGAUGUGGAUCUGCCGAGCCCUCAUGUUGGCAGCCAGCCGAAGGCCACAUAGGAGGGCCUCAUAUUCGGCCUCGUUGUUGGAGACUUUGAAGGAGAAGCGGAUUGCAUAGUAAGCUCUGAAGCCCUCGGGAGUAAUGAGGACUACCCCUCCCCCGCAUGCUUUGGUCGCGGAGGAGCCGUCGGUGUAGAGGGUCCACCAGUCGUCCGAGGUGGCCGAGGGCUCCCCGUCCGUGGCUGCCCUUGCGGUACAUUCCGUCACAAAGUCCGCCAGGGCUUGGCCCUUGAUGGCAGGCCUCGGACGGAUGUCAAUGUUGUAUUGGCUCAAGAAGAUAGCCCAUUUCACCAUGCGGGAGGAGCUGGUGGGGCUCCUCAUGAGGGCGCCGAGGGGUUGAUGGGUGAGGACCUGAACCGGGUGAGCCUGAAAGUAGUGGCCCAACUUCUUGACAGUCCAAACGAUGGCUAACACCGUUUUUUCCACAGGGGAGUACCUGAGUUCGGCCUCCCUUAGAGUCUUGCUAACGUAGAAGAUGGCAUGUUGGAUGCCGUCUUCCUCCCGGAUGAGCACAGAGCUGAUAGCCGCCGGGCUGACCCCAAGGUAGAGAUAGAGGGUUUCCCCUACCUUUGGUUUGGAUAGCACAGGGGUGAAGAUAGAUACCGUUUGAGCUCGUCGAAAGCCCCCUGGCAUUCUGGAGUCCAUAGAAAGCCAGCCGUCUUCCUCAUGAUCUGGAAGAAGGGUAGAGACUUCUCCGCUGAUUUAGAUAGAAAGCGGUUGAGGGCUGCCAGGCGGCCCGUCAACCGUUGAACUUCCUUCACACUGCGUGGGGGCUCCAUGUUGAUGAAAAUUUGGUGAUACCCUCGGAAGGCAUCGAGGAAGGACAUGAUCUCACACCCUGCGGUCUCAUCCACCAGUUGAUCAAUGUUUGGUAGAGGAAAUGGAUCCAUAGGGCAUGCCUUGUUGAGAUCGGUGUAGUCCACGCACAUGCGGAACGUAGGGGGCUUCUGUGCGAGGACUACAUUUGCUAGCCAUGAGGGGUAUUUCACCUCCUUGAUGUGCUUAAUUGAGAGGAGCAUGGCGACCUCCUUCUUCACAAAUUCCCACCUCUCGGCGGAGAGGGGUCUUCUUCGUUUUUGUACUGCUUUUGCCGAGGGGUCCACCGAGAGGCGGUGGGUGAUGACCCUUCGGCUGAUUCCCGGCAUGUCCUCCGGCCCCCAUGCAAAGACAGUGGAGUAGGCGCGGAGGGCGUCGGUGAUACCGGUCUUCAAAUCUUCAGGGAACUGGGCUCCAAUCUUCACGACUCUCUCCGGCUGGGCCGGAUCGAGCGCAAAGUCUUCUACGUCCUCGGCCGGUUCAGCCCUCGGCCUUCUUUCCUCUUGGUCGAUGGUUCCGGUGAUGGUGUCAACACGGAAUUCCGUCUUACUUACCUUCUUAGUGACUUGAAGAUAGCAGGCGCGGGCAAUUUUCUGAUUCCCCCGGGAGUAGCCAAUGCCCCCCUCGGCGGGAAACUUGAGGCAGAGGUGCCUCAUGGAGAUGAUGGCCUCGAGGUCCUCGAGGGCUGGCCGGCCGAGGAUGAUGUUGUGGGCGCAGUCGAUGUUGACGACGACGAACUCCACUUCGAGCUGGGCUCCAUGGAGCCCGUCGCCGAAGAUCACCGGGAGGGUUAUUACCCCCUCGGAAUCAAUAGUGUCGCCGGUGAAGCCGGCAAGAGGGGUCUUAAUGGGCCGAAGGGACCCCCUCUCCAGAUGCAGCUCUCUGAAGGUGCUGAGGUACAUCACAUUGACGGAGCUGCCCGUGUCAAUGUAAGUUCGGUGAAUAAUGGUGUCGUUUAUUUCAGUCCGAAUCACCAAGGCAUCCCUGUGAGGAGAUGAAGUAGGAGGGAGAUCUGCGUUGGUGAAGGUGAUGGGUUCCUCCCUCAGUCGCUUUACCGGGGGCAUAUGAGUGACUUCCCCCACGUAAAGCGAUUGAGCCCACUUCUUUCGCUGGCUGGUGGAAUCGCCCCCAGUAUUGCCACCGGUGAUCAUGAGGAUGUGGCGUUUUUUCUCCUGGUAGUGGGGGUACUCCUCCUCCUCUUCCUCCAAGUUUCCGAUCUCCCUCUUCUUGCCGAGGGGGAUGGUGUUCGGGUUCACCCAAGCGUUCACCUUCGUGUGGUGCCCUCAGGGAGGUCCCUGAUGAGAAGGUCCCUCCUGCCGAGGGCUCUGAACAAAUUGGGACAGGUGUCCCGCUUGUAUUAACCUCUCGAUGGCCGUUUUUAGCUGAUGGCAGUCAUCGGUUCUGUGCCCCUGGUGCCGAUGGAAGCGACAGUAUGGGAACUGAGGGUUGAUAGCAUGUACCUCAGGGGGUGCGCGAGAGUCGCGCUCAACGAGGCCCCUCUCCUCGGCAAAAUCAAGGAUGAUGCUGACGGGGUGCGUCAAUGGUGUCCGAGGGCGGUCCAGGAGAAUGGGCUGGGCCCAAGUCUUAGGGUUGCUCUUAUAACCUCCCCCGGGCUUGGCUUGGCCUUGCCGAGGGCGGUCAUCAGAGGGUCCUGAAGGUUUGGGGUGAUUCGGAGGAGCCCCCGGCCCUCGGUUGUUUUUGUUGUCAGCCCUCGGGGGCUGCUGAUCCGGAUGCUGAUGAUAUUUUUCUACCUCCUCGGCCUCAGCAUAUCGGUCCCCCCGCUGCAAAGCCCUUAUGUAGUCGUGGGGGGGUUCAAUGAUGAGGCUCCUCGAAAAGUUGUCGGUGCGGAGGACGGUUUGUAGGAGGGCCAGGAGGGUCCCGUCAUCAGCACCGUCGACUUUGUCAGCUUCCAUCCUCCAUCGCUCCAGGAAGUCCCGAAGGGUCUCAUCCCUCUUUUGGCGUAUUGUUAGGAGGUGGGAGAAGUGCUUCCUUGUGCGACGCCUCCCGGCAAAUUGUGUCAAGAAUCGCUGGGCGAGUUCUUGCCAUGAAUCAAUGCAGCCCUCGGGCAGCCUGUUGAACCACUCGUAUGCCGGCCCCUCUAAGGUGGAGAGGAACCAACGACACAAAUAUUCGUCUGACGCCCCUACCAUCAUCAUACUGUUCUGAUAUUUGCUGUAGUGUUCCUGGGGGUCCGUCUUCCCGUUGUAGGGUUGUAUGUGUUGCCCUCGGUAUUUUUCCGGGAUCCGGGCCGCCAAUACCCUUGGGGUAAAUGGCGUCCGGGUCCAUAGCUGGAUGACAGGUUCCCCGGAGCCCUCGACCACCUUCUUCUGUAACUCCUCCAUUUUGGCCAUCAUGGCCUCGUAUUUGAGAUCUGAAUGAGGGGUGGAGGUGGUGGCGUGAGCCUUGUUGGACUCCAUUUCGUCAAGCCGGCGUUGGAGGGCCGCGAUAAUCUCGUCCCGGGGAUCCUUCGGGAGGGUCUCCGCCCCCUGCGAACGAACCCGGGCUGAGUGGGCCUGGUUGAUUUGGUGGCGAGCAUCAUUGGCAUGAAGGGGUGCCUUGCCCUUGUCCUGAGGGGGACGCUCCUCGUCUGCCCUCGAGACAGACCCUCCACUUUCCUGGGGCCUUUGGAGUGCCUUUCCUCCGAGGCGGUCUUGGACCCCUCGGCGGUCUGGCCCUCCUCCGAGCCGGUUGAGGGCGGAAGUGCGGGGCCUCUCCCUGUUGUCAUUGUGGCGAUCCCGAGACUGUACUUCCUUGGAGGACGUGUCCUGGGCCACUACCCCUUCGUCGUUCCUCACCCGAGGGGUGGGAUUUCCGAAGGGGUGUGACGGAGGGGGAAGUAUGAUGUUUUUCCCAACCUGGGGGUGAGCCGGAGCCAGGGUGCCGAAGGCACCCGGGUUCUGAGUGAGCGUUUGGAUGAAGGCGGAGAGCGCCGAUUGUACGUCGAUGGUGAGAACCGGAGGGCUGACUUGGUCAUCGCUCCGGUUUUUCUUCUUGGCCUCGAUGCCGAGGCGGGCAUCGGGGGCAUUUUGUUGGAUCUGAAGGCGUAGGUCGACAGCCGCCUGUUCCAGCCCAGCGAUGACACCGCCCUCGGGAGCCCUAUGAGAGGCUUCGGGGGCGUUGACGUCGCCGAGGGCCAGGUUCUUGUCUUCUACGUUUUUGGAGUUGGCACGUGUUGUUCUCACCAUUUUGGUAGAGGGCUAGUGUUUGGUGAAGGGGGAGGGUGUCUUACUCGAUUGUUCGAGCUCUCAACGAGAGCACCAAAUGAUGGAUAGUCUACCCGGGGGUAUAUAUCCGAAGGGUUAUUGCUGGGAAUAACUUAGAGAAGUCAGAGCAAGUAAAGAGAGAGUGUAUUAUAAAUGUGGAGCGUUUUCAGCGUGGUUACAAAUGGGGAAAUGGGGUGCUAUUUAUAGUAGCAAUAAAUGCCGUACAGAGACACGUGUCAAGCGCUCAUUGGCCGAGGGGUCACCUCAACUGAUUGGCGCUGGCGGCCGCAUGUGGCCGCAUUUAAUGCGGCUGUUGGAUGGGACGUCUGUGCAGGAUACGGUGAUCUGUACGCAUGUGAGGCGGAUAUCUUGUCGAGUAAGAUGCCUUCGGCUAUAGAGCAGUAGCCGAGGGCUCCUCCAACCGAUGGCACGCUGGUGCCGAGGGCUCACAGUGCCGAGGGCUACUGUUUUCGCCGUUUUCUCCCAGUUUCUUAAUUUGCUUGAGAAACCCGUUCUGUGAGAGUUUUAGAGCCUUCGGCCAGGGGGCCGAAGGCACCCCUGGCGCGUAGUGCGGGCUGCUUGGUACUCUGGGUGCUGUGAUCUGGGCCUGUUGGGCCUUCCGGGCCUGUUGGGCCUUCGCUGGAGUAGUAGGAGUCUGUGGGCCGGGGGUUCCCGGGCCAUAUACUCCAUCACAUAUUAUAUUUGACAAUGAUAUAAUAAUACCAAUAACCUCCAAAUAUGUGGCGGAAAAAGAGUAGGAGCCGAGGGUGGGGACUGGCGACUGCACUGGGAGGGGGGCUGAGUUUAUGGAGGGGCAAAGCCGAUUGAUUUAUGGAGGUGAGGCAGCGCACGAUUGCAUUGAUGUACGGAUACACGUGUACCCGAUGGAAAUGUAGAUUCAAGUCUCAAUCUAGUUAGUAGAAAGCUGAAUGAGUUCUUUACUAAAGAAUUGGAGCUCACACUCUUUGAGAUGUUAAAGACACUGGGAUGUUCUGGUGAAUCCGAGAAUGAUGUAGCAAAUGAAGUCAUUGAGAAAUACAAACAAUUCUCACACGCUUGUUAUGAUAAAUAUUGAGGUUAUUUAGCCUUUGCACCCUCUUUUAUACCCUUAAUUAGCGUUUGCACCCUAAUUCGAAAAUUGUUAGUAUCUACACCCUCCAUCCGUUAGUUAUCUGUCAAUAGGUAAACAGAGGUGUAAAAUGACGUCAAUGCCCUGAUGAAACUAACUUCCACAAUCGUUCGCAGACUUCUUUUUCAAAGGGCGUCAAUUUGAAUGUUCUCCCAAUUGGCUUGGUGCGAGUGAAUUAGGGUUGGGAUGAACGAAGGAAAUAGAAUGGAAGAUGGUGACAACGUAUGGGUGGAUUCAGGAGUACCUAUACAGCGUGGUGUGCAAAGGAUUCAGAGGACAUCAAAGCUUCCUGUGAAGAGAAAGAUGGAUUCUUUACCGGCUCCAAUUAGGGUACCAUUCUAUGAAUCUAGCAUAGAUGAAAGAACAAAUAGUGAUGGUUUUGGUGAUAUAUUCAUUGAAUUACCUCCACUGAACAACUCUCUGAAUGUGCCAAAUGUAGAGGAUAGCUCACAGUUUUAUGAAGGUAUCCAAUUUGAGCAAAUUGUUGAUGGACUAGAUGGGUAUGAUCUGAAUGAAUCAGAUGAUAUGAAUGGAUCAGAUGAGGAAUUACAUGACUGUAGUUCUUAUACAGAAGAAGGGAGUGAUAGGGAUGAUGUACAAGGCACAACAAAUGGGGAGGAUAUAGGUGAGGUGUUGAAUGGUAUGCCAUAGAAAGCUUAUGACUGCAAUGAGGAAGCUUUUAUUACUUCAGGUUCUGUGCAAUGGGAAGACCAAUUAGACUUGGCAAUAGGAAAACAACGGGUCACUAUGGAUGCAUGCAGAAAGUACAUUAUAAUGUAUGCCAUCAAGAAUAAAUUUGAGAUCAUAUUUCAGAAAAAUUGUGCAGAUAAGCUGAUUUUGAGAUGUAAAGGGGAAAGAUGUCCUUGGAGGUGUUAUGUAAUUAGAAAAAAUGAUGGACACACAACUGAAGUGAAGUCUCUCCAAGAAGAACAUAAUUGUGAGAAUGAUGGCAGGAACAAGAAUAGAGGGGCACUUGCAGGAAUGAUGGCAGGAACAAGAACAUAAUUGUGAGAAUGAUGGCAGGAACAACAAAGUAUAAACACUUUGCAUUUGCAGUUUUUUGCUCAAUGUAAUAUGAAAGGUUUGUAGAUCAAAACAGUUAUAUUAUAUAAUGAGUUUUUUACUCAUAAGUUGAAUUACAUCACAUACUUGACCUUCAUAUGUUACUUUCCCCCCAUCGUGUUCUACAGUGACUUUAACAUUAUGGUUUUGGCUAGGACUGGUUGUUAU